AUUUAUCUUUCCCAACCGGCUCUAACAACAGUUGAGUUGGUUGACAUCUUUACAGCCUAAUAUGGCAAUAUCAUCAACUCGAGGUGUAAUAGUUUGCUCAAGAUUGAUUGGCCAAAAAAAAAUGGACUUGCACUUUCCGAAGUACAUAAAUACCAAAGAGAGCUACUACUCGAUGUCUUUGAUUUGAUCAAAGAACACCCGUGGAACGGCUACAAGAUGUCGGCUCUCAGCCUGAUCACUUGGGUCAGCUUGGUGUCCACUGUUUUUGGCAGUCAGUGGGACAUACACCCACCCCAGCAACACAGGCACUGGGCACAGAUCUGCAGCGGGAACCCCACCAACAAGAUCCGAGGCUGUGACAAAUACGGCUGUGGCGGCUACGGUGCUGACAGGCACGGCGGCAAAGGGAAGCACGUGGGGGUGGAUGUCAUCUGCUCUGAUGGAGCAAUUGUGUACGCUCCCUUUUCUGGCCAGCUCUCCGGCCCCAUCAAGUUCUUUCAUAAUGGAAAUGCCAUUGAUGAUGGAGUCCAAAUCACAGGAUCAGGUUACUGCGUGAAGCUCGUCUGCAUUCACCCUAUCAGAUACCACGGCACCAUCCAGCGAGGGCAGGAACUUGGAAGAAUGUUGCCAAUGCAGAAAGUAUUUCCUGGCAUCAUCUCUCACAUCCACGUUGAAAACUGCGACCGCUCUAAUCCUACUGAUCUACUCAAACCUGUUGUUCCACCAUUUCCACAACACGAUCGCCGCUGGUCAGCCGUAUGUGCUGGGAAUCCUACAAACGAGAUCAGAGGCUGUGACAGAUAUGGAUGUGGAUACUACGGAGCUCCAAGGACAAACGGUAAAGGAAAGCACAGGGGGGUGGAUGUCAUCUGUGCUGAUGGAGCUACAGUGUACGCCCCCUUUUCUGGCCAUCUCUCUGGACCCAUUAAGUUCUUUCAUAAUGGAAAUGCCAUUGAUGACGGAGUGCAAAUCAGGGGAUCUGGUUUCUGCGUAAAACUGCUCUGCAUCCAUCCCAUUAAAUACAACGGUAUGAUUGAAAAAGGACAAGUCCUUGGGAAAAUGCUCCCAAUGCAGAGAGUAUUUCCUGGUAUCACAUCCCACAUUCAUGUGGAGAACUGUGAUCACUCAGAUCCUACCAGCAACCUCGAAAGGGGGAAGGGACAAAGAACAUAA